AAACUGUAUCAACAAAAACAAUCUUUUUUUUUUGAAUUCUUAAUCUCUUCUUCUUUCUAUAUAUAUAUACACACAUACACACUAUGAAUGCUCUCAGACAAUUGUUAUCAACACAAUGGAGAAGUGCUACUUCAUCUUUAUCAAAAGUACAAUAUACAACGGCCAGUAGUGUAAAGAAGAAUGUCAUGGAACAUAUUACACAACAACAAAUCGAACAACGUAGUACGGAUGGACGUCAUUUAUUAUUUUCACGCAAGAAUCCUCAAGGGAUCAAACCAGGAUCAGUGGUACUUGUGGAAACAUUAAAUGGACCUGGGGAAACCACCACGUCUCAGUUUAUGGGGAUCUGUAUUGCCAUUCGUCGUAAAGGCAUCGAUACAUCAUUCACUUUACGCAACAUUGUCAUGCGAGUAGGUGUGGAACAACGUUAUUCUCUCUAUUCUCCUUUACUUCAAUCCAUCAAGGUCUUGCAGCAACCCAACGAUCUCAAGAUCCGUCGUGCCAAAUUGUUUUACUUACGAGACCAACCUGGCAAAGUCUUCCAACCUUUACAAGCCCUUUGGCGUCAAGAACAAGCAAAGUCCAAGAAAUAAAUUAAUAGAUAUCUGUUAUGUAUACUUCCUCACACAUCCCCCCCCUUUUUUUUUUUUUUUAGUUAGACAUC